ACAUAUGUUCGUGUCAGAGGCCAAGAUGGCGCUUUUGUGUUUGCAGAUCAGUUAAUGUCCGAAAUAAAUGUCGUUAAAAAAAAAGUGCAAUAAAAUUCAACAAAAGGAAUCAAUGAUAAAGUGAGUGAUUGUGUUUAACAUUAAUUCAUAUGAAUUCGCGAUAUUUCAAAGAAAAGACACGUGUCUUGAUGAAUUUGUCGCAAUUUUUUGAAUAAUCAAAUUAGGUCCCUUAAAUUUUUUUCGGUUGUGUUGUAUGUCCCACCUGAGGAAUGCCAGAUUUUUUUCCGUCCUGAUCUUGAGCACAGACACAAGCAGAUUCGCUUACGUGGGGAAGACUCUGAACCGCGACCGGUGAGACUGCUUGUAUCGGGGGGUCAAGGUGCUGCUCUCGUGACGUAUGUGUGUCGCAGAGGGCUGCUUGGCAGACAGGCCUAUCGUGUGUGUGUAUAGUGUUUAAAGUGCUUUCAAUUUACGAUCCUGGCCUGUCCUAUCAAUUGGUCAUCAUCAUCAGCUGCUGCUUUCUCAACAUUGUUUUCCGAGAGAUUUUUUUCACAAGGAAGAAGCAGUGGGACAAGGAGGUGCCGGAAGCAGCCGUGAAUCCGGAAGCAUAGCCAAGAAGAUGGCCUUCAACGAGAAGGUGGACCCAGAACUAAUAUUCACAAAACAAGAACGAAUUGGAAAGGGAAGUUUUGGCGAGGUAUUCAAAGGAAUCGAUAAUAGGACCCAACAAGUUGUUGCCAUCAAAAUCAUCGAUCUCGAGGAAGCUGAAGAUGAAAUCGAAGACAUUCAACAGGAGAUCAUGGUCUUGUCACAAUGUGACAGUCCGUUUGUUACCAAGUACUACGGAUCUUACCUCAAGGGAACGAAACUAUGGAUUAUUAUGGAAUAUUUGGGGGGAGGCUCCGCCUUGGACUUGAUGAAAGCAGGUAGUUUCGAGGAAAUGCACAUUGCAGUCAUCCUGAGGGAGGUUCUUAAAGGCUUAGACUACCUUCACAGUGAACGAAAGCUGCAUCGUGAUAUUAAAGCGGCCAAUGUUCUAUUAAGUGAAAUGGGCGAUGUGAAAUUAGCAGAUUUUGGUGUUGCCGGUCAAUUGACGAAUACGACGAGCAAACGAAAUACUUUUGUUGGCACACCAUUUUGGAUGGCACCUGAAGUUAUUAAACAAUCGGCAUAUGAUUCCAAGGCUGACAUUUGGUCUCUAGGUAUUACGGCUAUUGAAUUAGCAAAAGGUGAACCUCCAAAUAGUGAACUUCAUCCUAUGAGAGUUCUCUUCCUUAUACCUAAAAAUAAUCCACCUCAACUUACUGGAAACUACACGAAGCAAUUUAAAGAAUUUGUCGAGGCUUGCCUUAAUAAAGAUCCUGAAAAUAGGCCAACGGCGAAAGAAUUACUUAAGUUCCAGUUUAUCAGAAAAGCAAAGAAGAACUCGUACCUGAUUGACCUGAUUGACAGGUACAAGAAAUGGAAGUUGCAGCACAGCGAGGAAUCGGAAACAGAGAGUGAGAAUUCAGACUCCGAGGAAUCGAAACAAGAUAGUGAUAUGAAUGAACCUUGGAUAAUGACAGUAAAGGGUCCUCAUGGUGUGAAAGGUUCAUCAGUACCAAUAAUGCCAUUAGUAGAAGAACAACAACCUGCUUUAACACAUUCAUCAAAUCAUAAAUCUUCGAAUCACAAUUUACAGGGGAAACCACACGUGAAUGGAGCAUCCAGGUCGCCACCGAAAGAAUCAUCAUUGAAUCAUCAUAAAAAUGAUUCUCGUGAUGGUCAAAUUAAAGACUCGCCGAUGCGGCCUCAUGAAGCGGCACCACCACCUCCCGAGGAUCUUCAGAAAUAUUUAGAAAUUCGAAAAAUCCGCGAGUCACAAGUUUUAAUGAUGGACGCAAAGGAAGCACGCGAAAUUCGUGAGAGCAGAGAACGGACAGACAGUGGUAUGGACAGAGAACGUGAUCGAGGUGAACGAGUGAGUAAUACGCGCGAAAAGAGAAAUAGCAAACCGGAAGUGCCUGUUGUACCGCUUGUUGACCAUCGGUCUGGAGAAGAAAAACAAAGGCCACGAAGUUCUCAGGAUUUAAAGCAUCCCCGUGUUCUGACAACAGUUAUUGUACCACUUCUUUCAGAGUUACAGAGAAAGCAUCAGUAUUCGUCAAGAGAUAAUGGCGAGAGUGGCAAUUCUGUUGGUAGAAAUGGUGGAGCGAUCGAUGAACUUAGAGGAGCUUUCGAAUUGGCAGAGCGUACAUCGCCUGGAAUGAGCGAAGCUCUCGUCAGAGAACUCCUUAAGGCAUUACUUCCGGCCAAUCAUUCCGAUAGUCGCUUAUCUGUGCUUAUGGAAAAAGUUAUUUUAAGGGAUUCGUAGGGACGCGAGAGAGCGAGGAUUCGCCGAAGAUUGUGGUCCGAGAACAUCUUAACGUUAUAAAAAAAAAAAGUUAGUUUAGAAAUCCCCCAUUUUUUAAAAUUUUAAUUGCCACUAUUUUGAAAAGCGAAUAUGCUAUCGAUACCUGGGCUUUUAUUAAAUUCCACAAAAAAAAAAUUGUGACCAAAAAAGCGCAUUAAAAAUAUUAUCAGCUUCAAAUUAAAUUAGCAGUUUCUUACUGCUAAUUGCGGUAAAUUAUCUGCUAAUUAGUAUUUACCUGCUAAUCGGGGUAAAUUAAUGGCUAAUUAGUGUUUUAUCAACUAAUUAGUAAAUUUAACUGCUAAUUAGUGUUUAUCUACUAAUUGGUAAAAAUUACCUACUAAUUAUUAAAUCUGCCUGAUAAUUAGCAUUUACCUGCUAAUUAGUAGACUUUACGAAGCAAAAAAGAAAAAAAAAAAAAAAUGGUUACAAAUAGUGUCAUAUAUAAUAUAUUAUAUAUAAUAUACAAGUCAACGUUUGACUUUAAUUGAAUAGUCCAACUUUUUUGAAUCGCUUUGGAAACAUUACAAAUAAUAACUGCACUGAAAAACUUGACAAUAAGAAACGUUUGAAAACAAUGUUUUUGUCGAAGGCAAAAAAAAAAAAAGAACAAUAGUCAAAAUGCUGUGUGGAAAAAAAAGGAAAUUAAAGAAGAAGGAAAAACUGAUGAAAAACUUGGGCCUGCAUGAAAUCCAAAGAAGAUUCUUCAAUACCGAAUUGUUUUUUCGGUCAAAUGUUUUAGCGCAGUACGAAGAGAUCUAUUUAAUCAUAAUUCCUGCCGACCUGUAGAGGAUUGCAAAAAGAAAAAAAAAAAAUCAAUUUUCAAGGUAUUUAGAAACUUUUUUUUUUUUUAUUAUUUUAUUAUUGAAUUCUUAUAUUUUUCUCUUGAAAUAAUUUAACAAUUUUUAUUCAAAUUUUUGUACUUUCUAAUAUUGUUUUUGAACUAUUUCUUAUCAAGUAAAUUUAUCUCAAGAAAAAAAUAAUUUGACGAAAUUAUUUCGGUGAAAUAAGUGAAAAAAAAAUAAAUAAAUAAAUGAAGAAAUUUUUCUUUUGAAAAUGUAUAUUUUUGAAAAAUUUAUUUUUAAAUAAAUAAAAUUAAGUUUUAAAUGUGAAAUUCUUCUUUGAAAAAAAUUUCUAAAAGAAGAUUUAAAAAAAAAUUCUUUUUAAUUUAAAGUUAGAAAAGAAUUUCCAAUGAAAAUUUUUUUUUGAAAUUUGAAAGAAGAAUAAUGGAAUAACAAUUAUUGUGAAAUAUUUCACAAAUAUUAAAUUGGUUUUUGUUUUAAAUUUGUGAAAAAUUUCUUCAUUUUCUCUUAAUUUUCUUUUCGUAUUAUAAAAAAAAAAAAAAUGUUUUUGUGCCACAAAAAAGUCUUUGCAGUGUGUGAUAAAAAAUAAAAUUUGCAUAACUUGUGGUAUUCUAAAGACGUAUUCGCAGCGAUUAUUUUUUUUUUAAGUGGCAUUAUUCGCCGCAUGAUAACCGACAAAAAAAAAAAAGAAUUAAAUUAAAAGUGCUUAAAAGAAAAAAAAAAGUAGGUGUCAUCUUGUUAACUUGUAUUAAGUAGUGAACAUUCCGGAUUAUAAGAAAUUCGCGAAGAAAAAAGAGAAAAAGAAAAAAAAAUGUAACCUCAUUGCCAGAGGUUGUGUACAUAUGUAUGUAGCUCAAUAAGAUAGAUUUAUUGUUUUAAUCGUCGACGUACCUGCGAAAAAAAAAUCGCUUCAAAGAAUCACAAUGAUUCUUUUCUCUUUGUUAUAUUGAAAUUUUCGGUUUACGAAUUCCUCAUUUCCCCUUUUCUUUAAAAAAAGGUUUUUGAAAUUAUUUCCAAAUGAAUUAACAUUCUAUUAUAUCUUCAUUAUUUUUUUUCUACAAAAAAAAAAAUAAAUUCCUGUGAAAAAAAAUUAUUUUCACACAAAACAUUCUUUUACUAUACAAUUUCUUUAUUAUAAAUUUCAUAUUUAUUUGAUUUUCCAUCCUUUCUCUAAAAAUAUCUUCGUCAAACCGAAGACAAUUAUUAAAUAUUUUCUUGAAAUUGUUGAGUCGUUUUUGUGGGACGCCGACAUUUAAUCCACAUUGUUUGUAAACUAAUGUAUUUGAUAAUAUAUAUAUAUAUAUAUAUAUAUAAAAAAAAAUGCUAAAUAGUAAAAAUUUACGUUAGAGCGAUAGGGUGCGUGUGAGAGAGUACUAAUAAAGGUUGUAAAAAAAAAUAUGAAGUUAAAAUAUUGAACCGAGGUAUUUAAGUAAUGUUAAUUAUAUUAUAUCUGUUUUGUUUUUCUUUUUUGUCCUAUUUUGUUUGUAUCGCACGAGAAUGUGAUAUAUAUUAUAUAUAUAAAAUGAACGAGUGAGGUUUUUUUUUUUAAUUAUUUUUAUUUCUUUUCUUUUUUUUUAAAGAAAAAGAAAUAGUAAGAGAUAUGAAGCAGUGAAAAAAUAGCAUUAAUUUAAAUAGUAUUAAUUAGUGACAAAUUAAUACAGUCAUUCAUAUAUAGAUAUAUACAACAAAACUUCAACAAAAUAUUUAACGUAAUAAUACAUAUUGUAAUUACGUUUUUUAUUAAAGUCAUAAUUUUAUUUCUUAAACAUUUUCUAUUUAUCAAGGCAUCGUGAAAAAUAUAAAGCCACUUAUUUAAAUAAUUGAAAUUGAAAAAAAUAAUUACAUAAAGUAUCUUUAGUAAAUUUUUUUCAAAAAAAAAUUCUUUUCAUAAGGAAAAAAAAAAAAACAAUUGUAUAUUUUACUAUAAUUAUUAACCUUUUUUUCAAAUUGACGAAAAAAGACGAACUUCAAGAGAAUAGAAGUAAUAAUAUAGAAAAAAAAAAAUAAUUGAAAAAUUUAGGAAAAAUGUUGAAGUAUUUCUUUUCAUUGUUCGUUGAAUCAUUUUUAUUAUUACAUAUAAUAAUUAAUAUGUUACCUUUGUUUUCCAUCGUUCAGAAGACUUGAAUUAGUUGAAUAAUUCUAAUUUAAUAUUUUGCGUGGCCAUCCUUUUAUAAUUUUUUCUUGUUUCUCGAUUUUUUUUAAGAAAAUUGGUUUUUUUUUUAAAUAAUAUAUUUAUGUUCGCACUGAACAAUUAUUGACCUUCCUUUCUUUGUAUUACAUCGCAAGUUGUUUUUUAUUAAAAAAAAUUUUUUUGGUGAAUUUUUUAAGUUCCAUUACUUAAAAAAAAGAAAAGAAAAGGAAGGCGCGAGAGUGAAAUAAAUAAAUAGAUGAAAAAAAAAAAAAAAUAGCCGUGCCAGAUUCGAGCCGGAUCAUAUUGUGUCCUAUUGUAUUUCGCAUACUUUUUGUACCAUACUCGUAGCUUUAUCGAAACGUUAUAAACAUCGCGAUAACAAAUAUCGAUAUGUAGAAUACAUAUAGGUAUAAAUAUAUUUUUUGUAUUUUGAUUCUACCUUGGCUGCGUUGAAAUGUAUUAUAUUGAUUGUAUGUGGCAUGCUGAGGGCGUGUACAAAUAUUAAAUAUAUAAUAAAUAAUUAAUAAAACAUAA